AUGGCUACUACUACGGAAACUGCCUCCCCUAUUGGCAUUGCCAACCUUCCCAAUCAGCGACACAAGAUUGUUGCUAAGCGGGGUGCGGCCUUCACUAUUAUGGUUGCUGGAGAAUCAGGACUCGGAAAGACCACGUUUAUCAACACUCUUUUCUCGACCACUAUCAAGAACUAUGCCGAUCACAAGCGUCGCCAUCAGAAGCAAAUUGACCGGACUGUUGAAAUCGAAAUCACGAAGGCAGAGUUGGAGGAGAAGUUCUUCAAAGUUCGCUUGACCGUUAUUGAUACCCCCGGCUUCGGCGACUAUGUCAACAACCGUGAUUCCUGGCAACCAAUUAUCGAAUUCCUUGAUGAUCAGCACGAAUCGUACAUGCUGCAAGAGCAGCAACCCCGUCGUACAGACAAGAUCGACAUGCGUGUUCACGCCUGCUUGUACUUCAUCAGACCCACUGGCCAUACACUGAAGCCCCUCGAUAUCGAGGUCAUGAAGCGCUUGAGCUCUCGUGUCAACCUCAUCCCCGUCAUUGCAAAAGCCGACACUCUUAGCCCUACCGACCUGGCCCGAUACAAGCAGAGAGUCCAAGCUGUCAUUGAGGCCCAAGGCAUCAAGAUCUAUACCCCUCCCAUUGAAGAGGAUGACGAACAUGCCGCCACGCACGCACGCAGCCUGAUGGCUGCCAUGCCCUUCGCCGUGAUUGGAUCCGAGAAGGAUGUCAAGACUAACGACAACCGGGUGGUGAAGGGUCGUCAAUAUGCUUGGGGUGUUGCCGAAGUUGAGAACGAGGACCACUGUGACUUCAAGAAGUUGCGUUCGAUCCUGAUCCGCACCCACAUGCUGGAUCUUAUCCACACUACGGAAGAGCAGCACUACGAAGCAUACCGCGCGCAGCAGAUGGAGACAAGGAAGUUUGGCGAGGCCCGGCCGAGAAAGUUGGACAAUCCAAAGUUCAAGGAAGAGGAGGAAGCUCUGCGGAAGCGUUUCACCGAACAGGUCAAGGUCGAGGAGCAGCGUUUCCGCCAGUGGGAGCAGAAGCUCAUUGCCGAGAGAGAUCGCCUGAACAAGGAUUUGGAAGCCACCCAUGCUGCGAUCAAAUCGCUGGAAGUAGAAAUCGAGGCCUUGCAAGGUUCAACCACUCGGAGUCACGGACGCCGUUAG